CUUAUUUUUAUGUCCGUCACUGUAUGUAAUAUAAACGCGAGGAUAAUACCGUUUCUACGAAAAUAAUCAAGCAAAGCAACACUGUCUCCCUCUGUGUAGGUAGUUUUUGCUGCUACUUGGCUAUUUUUCCUUACUUCAUUGCUACUUGAGUCUUUACUUAACAUAGGCAGUCAUUGAUUAUGGAGCAAAAAUGAGCUGUGAUUGAAAUGCUCGUCGCCAAAGACUAACUGAUACCAUAUGCUAUGCCACACUGGUCCUAAUUCUAGUAUGCCCAAGCUAAAGCCCUCGGCAACAAUGUCUUGAACCGCCUCAGGAAGACCUCUCAGAAAGCCGUAAUUUCAAAAAAUAAAUAAAUUAAUAAAAAAAACACCUUGCUUCCCGACGUUCCCUUAUGCAAUCGCUAUUGCUCGCUUCGCUUGAUUAGUUAAGUGAGUGCAUUUCUUCGUCACCGCGCGCAAAGUGACGGCGCCGUAUCACAACACUAGUUCCAGCGUGCAGAUUUGUUACACUUUUAUGCUCCACUUCCCAAAGCACAAACCAAGCCGAUAGAAGUGCUUUGCCCGACGCAAAACGGUUGCAAAUUCAAUUUACCCCGGUCACGUUUAGCUGAGUUUGUCACAAAUAUAAAAAUCAUUUGCAUAUUCACUGCACCAGUCAGUAUGGAUUGUCGCUUACCAUCGGGAACAAGUGUUCCUGGGCUGCAAAGUGUUGUGCCACUAGCGUGAUUUGUCUGCUCAAUCAAAAUGUCACCCGUACGUCCAAUCGUACCAUCGUACGCCUUUGUCCUGUACGCACUCACCUGCAGUCUGCCGGCGGGAAAGUACGUCACCGGAAGCUAUUUACGUGAUGUCGAACUGAUCGGUCCACCAUCGCAGGCCGAGCUGAACACCGUCUACUACUAUCCGAGCUACGUCAAAGGUGAGGAUCCGGUCGAAGAGUACAACCGGCGACGGUUGCACGUGGACACGGCCGACUUUAUGGAGUACGAAGAAGACGGGCAAACGGCUGACGCUGUGCAGACCAGCCGUAGCCAGCCACAAAAACAGCAGCCAGCAUACUCACAGCCGGACGAUGGAGGUGAUUGUUGUUUGAAAGCGAAACGAAAGCGGAAGUACCGCGUUUCGGCAACACGCCACCCGAAACAACGCGCAACCGAUCCGAUGCGCGUGGUCGAUGCGCAAACCGACCAUGAGUACAAUUAUAUGAAAAUUCGCCAAGCCGGUACGGGUGCGCCCCGGUACGUGCGGGACGAUGUGGAAGUAUUCGAUAUCGAACGAGGCAAUCGGAUCAAGGCAAAGGUGCCGAUCAGAAGGAGAACGAGAACGGCACACGAACCGAGGGCCGACGGACAACGGCGGUAUGAAGAAUCCGAUCCACAAGUAUUUGCGUACGAACGAUCGGAUGAUGUGAUACCGAGUGGGAGAGCAAAUGGUGGACAGGCGGGAUCAUCACAGGAUGAUCAAUAUUUUCAAGAUACGUUUCAGUUUCAAAAGUCACCUCUGGAGCUAGAAUUUGGCCACUUGUUCGAAUCGAAUAAUGGCUGGGAGGAGCGCUACGAACGGCAAGACCAUCAGAACCAUAGACAUCAAGGAAAAGUCAAAUGGGCCGACAAGAAGGGUGGCUUCGGCGAGCAUUACUGGGACCUGAAUCACAUUCAACCCGACCAUCCUACCCACCGACGCUAACGCAAAACACAGAUUACAGAUUAAGGCCAAAUGCGGUUGGUUGGGAGGCGGAGGGUGCAAUAAAAAACUAACCUCACCAAACAUAAAUGUCAAGAGCAUGUCUUGAGCGCGAAUCCCGAUUUGUGAUGCCCUUUUCGUACCAGGUCCAGGUGCAAAAGAAUAGACGCAAACGGUC